AUGCGAAGCACGGAAAUUGGACUUGGAAACUGGAAUGCCAGUUGUUUCUCGUCUGUCUCUUCUUACCAAAUGCAAAUAGGCUUAUGCUAUCUGUUGUUUCACUGUUCACCUCCUCACAAGAUUUUUAGAAUGAUAAUUCUUAACUUUGUCGUUACCUUUUCCUUUUAUGUUUUUAUGUUUCUGGAACCAUUAACAUCUGGGGAGUAUCCAGAAAGUAUGAUUAAACUGGUUGGAUCUCGUCUUCCCUUAUUUUCAACAGAAGAGUCAAAGCUGGUUAAAGGAUCCUAUGAUUUUUUAGGAUUGAAAUAUUACACAGCUACUUAUGUGAAAAGUGAAUCUAACUCACAUGGUCUAGAAGUAAGCUACAUUACGGAUCCCCAAGUUACAUACACAAGUAAAGAAGUACCAAUUGGUCCAAAGGCUGCUUCAGACUGGUUAUACAUUUAUCCACAAGGGAUUUUCAAGGUCCUAGUUUAUAUAAAGGAUGUAUAUAAUGUUCCCCUUAUUUACAUCGCAGAGAAUGGUGAGGAUCCUACCUGGGUGGAUGAAAUGAACAAUACGAGUCUCACAGUUUCUGAGUCUCGGGUGGAUGACAUAAGAAUUAAGUAUCACCAGGAUCAUCUAUUAUAUAUUCGAUAUGCAAUUAUGGCUGGUGUAAACGUAAAGGGUUACUUCAUUUGGUCACUGUUUGAUGGUUUUGAAUGGAGUCAGGGAUACACGGUUCGAUUUGGCAUUUUUCAUGUGAACUUCAAAGACGAUCUAGCUAGAUUCCCGAAGAACUCAGCUCUAUGGUUGAUGAACUUUCUUAACAGAAAACUUGCUAAAGGUCGGAUGAAGAGACAGAUUGAAGGCCGCGAAGAACACAAUCCCGCGAAAAGGCUAAGAACUCGUUGA